CGCCCCGCCCCUUUCCCGGCGGGACGCUCGGAGCCGCCCCGACCUGCGCCGGGCGGCCGGGGAGUUGCACCCCGUGGGUUUACGAGGUAAAUGACUCUGGCAGAGAAGAGAACGGAAGAAUGAUGGCUUCAUUCCAGCGCUCCAAUAGUCACGAUAAAGUCAGGAGGAUAGUUGCAGAGGAGGGCCGGACUGCGAGAAACCUGAUUGCCUGGAGCGUUCCCCUCGAGAGCAAAGAGGAUGACGGAAAUCCUAAAUGUCAAACCGGUGGAAAGUCUAAGAGGUCAAUUCAAGGGACUCAUAAAGCAACUAAACAGAACGCGGCGGUAGACUGUAAAGUAACGUCCGCGGCGGGAGAGAAGCACUUUGACAAGAGUCCCACCAAGACGAGGCAUCCUCGCAAAGUCGACCUGCGGGCUCGGUACUGGGCCUUCCUGUUUGACAACCUUCGCCGGGCGGUGGAUGAAAUCUACGUCACCUGUGAAUCAGACCAGAGCGUGGUGGAGUGUAAGGAGGUGCUGAUGAUGCUGGAUAACUACGUGAGAGACUUCAAGGCACUGAUCGCCUGGAUCCAGCUUCAGGAGAAGCUCGAGAAGACAGAUGCUCAGAGCAGACCAACGUCACUGGCCUGGGAAGUAAAGAAGAUGUCUCCAGGGCGCCAUGUGAUUCCAAGUCCAUCAACGGACAGAAUAACUGUGACCUCAAACGCUCGGAGAAGCCUGAAUUUUGGGGGUUCUCCUGGGACAGUGGCUGCUCCCCGUCUGGCUCCCGCAGGUGUCAGCUGGGCGGACAAGGUGAAAGCUCAUCACACAGGCUCCACUGCUGCUUCCGACGUGGCCCCCCCCCAGCCUGGCCCACCAGUGCCUGUGCAGAAGACUUCACGCAGAAAUGAGCAAAAAGAUGCUGAAGGAUGGGAGACCGUUCAGAGAGGAAGGCCUGUCCGCGCCCGGUCAGCAGCAGUGGCGCCGAAGGCUGCCCCAGUGCCAGAGGCCCUCAGGGCGGAGGAUGACAGCAAUAAAGAAAAUGUGUGUCUUUUACCUGACGAAAACGUGCAGAAAGGCGAGUUUGUGGGAGAAGGACCUUCUCAGACUGCAGAGUCUCGGCCCAAAGAGCCCUCCCGCUGCAGUGACCAUCCUCUGGCCGAGAGAGCCCAGUUCCCGGCGACGACAUCGGAGGACGGCAAGAAUGGUGGCCGUAGUGAGGACACGUCUGUGCAGACUGCCGGGAUGCCUGCCGUGUGCGGGGAUGUGGCGUGCUCAGCAGUUCUGCGGCCCGCGGCCUCACCGCCUCUGCAAACACAGGAAGACAAGCUUCCAGUAGAGAAAGCAAGGCUAGAGCACGAAAUGGACCCCUCAGAGAUUUCAAAUUCGAUGGCCGAGGUCCUGGCUAAGAAGGAGGAGUUGGCAGAUCGUCUGGAAAAGGCCAACGAAGAAGCCAUCGCCAGCGCCAUCGCUGAGGAGGAGCAGCUGACCAGGGAGAUUGAAGCAGAAGAGAACAACGACAUUAACAUCGAAACCGACAACGACAGCGACUUCUCUGCCAGCAUGGGCAGUGGGAGUGUAUCUUUCUGUGGUAUGUCUAUGGACUGGAACGAUGUUCUUGCAGAUUAUGAAGCUCGUGAAUCUUGGCGCCAGAACACAUCCUGGGGGGACAUUGUGGAAGAGGAACCUGCUAGACCCCCGGGACACGGGAUUCACAUGCACGAGAAGCUGUCCUCGCCGUCUCGUAAAAGAACAAUUGCAGAAUCUAAGAAGAAACAUGAAGAAAAACAAAUGAAAGCCCAGCAGUUAAGAGAAAAGCUACGCGAAGAGAAAACCUUAAAGCUUCAGAAAUUGUUAGAGAGGGAGAAGGACGUCCGGAAGUGGAAGGAAGAAUUGCUAGAUCAGCGCCGUAGGAUGAUGGAAGAGAAAUUGCUUCACGCUGAAUUUAAACGUGAGGUGCAGUUGCAAGCAAUUGUGAAAAAAGCACAAGAGGAAGAAGCGAAGGUUAAUGAAAUUGCCUUUAUAAACACCCUCGAAGCCCAGAAUAAGCGCCAUGAUGUUUUAUCAAAGCUGAAGGAAUACGAGCAGAGGCUGAAUGAACUCCAGGAAGAGCGUCAGAGGAGACAGGAGGAGAAGCAAGCCCGCGACGAAGCUGUGCAGGAACGCAAGAGAGCGCUGGAGGCGGAACGGCAGGCCCGCGUAGAGGAGCUGCUGAUGAAGAGGAGGGAGCAGGAGGCCCGGAUCGAGCAGCAGCGGCAAGAAAAGGAAAAAGCCCGUGAGGACGCAGCCCGCGAGAGAGCCAGAGACAGGGAGGAGCGAUUGGCAGCGCUCACGGCUGCUCAGCAGGAAGCCAUGGAGGAGCUACAGAAAAAAAUCCAGCUCAAGCACGAUGAGAGCAUUCGAAGGCACAUGGAGCAGAUCGAGCAGAGGAAAGAGAAGGCCGCGGAGCUGAGCAGUGGGCGGCACACGAGCACUGACGACGCCCCCAAGCUGACCCCCUACGAGAGGAAGAAGCAGUGCUCUCUGUGCAGCGUCCUGAUCUCUUCAGAGGUGUAUCUCUUUAGCCACAUUAAAGGGAAAAAGCACCAGCAAGCGGUGAGGGAGAACAGCAGCAUCCAGGGGCGGGAACUUUCAGAUGAAGAAGUGGAGCAUCUGUCCCUGAAGAAGUACAUUGUUGACGUUGUGGUUGAAAGUGCGGCUCCCGCAGAGCCUCUGAAAGAUGGAGAAGACAGACAAAAAAAUAAAAAGAAAGCCAAGAAGAUCAAAGCCCGGAUGAACUCGAGGGCCAAGGAAUACGAAAGCUCAGUGGAAACCAAAAAUUCUGGGUCCGAUUCGCCUUAUAAAGCAAAGCUUCAGCGAUUAACGAAAGAUCUUCUAAAGCAACUGCAAGUGCAAGACAGUGGUUCGUGGGCAAACAAUAAGGUUUCCGCUCUGGAUCGGACCCUGGGUGAUAUCAGCAGAAUCCUGGAGAAAGAGAAUGUGGCCGAUCAGAUCGCAUUUCAGGUCGCUGGUGGAUUCACAGCCCUGGAACACAUCCUUCAAGUGGUAGUCCCGGCCACAAACGUGAACCUGGUUGCACGAAUUCCGCCUAAGUCCCUCUGCAACGCCGUCAGUGUUUACAACCUGGCCUGCACCGACUGUCUGGAAAACUGCACGGACGUUCUGUUCAGUAACAAGAUCACCUUCCUCAUGGACCUCCUGAUGCACCAGCUGACGGUUUAUAUUCCAGACGAAAAUAAUGCUAUUUUGGGAAGAAAUACAAAUAAACAAGUUUUUGAAGGCUUGACGACUGGACUUCUCAAAGUGAGUGCUGCGGUUUUUGGCUGCCUGAUUGCCAAUCGACCAGAUGGGAACAGCCGGCCAGCGACACCAAAAAUAUCAACACAGGAAAUGAAAAGCAAACCCUCCCAAGGUGAUGCUUUUAACAGUCGAGUUCAGGACCUCAUCAGCUACGUGGUGAACAUUGGUCUGAUCGACAAGCUAUGCGGCUGCUUCCUGUCGGUGCAAGGCCCAGUGGACGAGAACCCCAAGACGGCCGCGUUCCUGCAGCAUGCCGCCGGCCUCCUGCACGGCCUGUGCACGCUGUGCUUGGCUGUCACGGGAAGGUCGCACAGCAUAUUCGACAGCAACCGCCAGGAUCCCACGGGGCUGACGGCUGCUCUUCAGGCCACGGACCUGGCGGGGGUCCUGCACAUGCUGUACUGCGUUCUCUUCCACCGCGCCGUCUCGGACCCCGGCGCGGCCGCGCCCAAGGACAGCUACAGCCAGAACACGGUCCAGGUGGCCAUUCAGAGCGUGCGCUUCUUCAACAGCUUCGCAGCCCUCGACCUGCCUGCCUUCCAGUCUAUUGUAGGGGCAGAGGGCCUGUCCCUUGCAUUCCGGCACAUGGCCAGCUCCCUGCUGGGCCACUGCAGCCAGGUCUCCUGUGAGAGCCUCCUCCAUGAGGUCAUCGUCUGUGUGGGCUACUUCACUGUCAACCACCCAGAUAACCAGGUCAUUGUGCAGUCCGGCCGCCACCCCACGGUGCUGCAGAAGCUCUGCCAGCUACCCUUCCAGUAUUUCAGUGACCCGCGGCUGAGCCGAGUGCUGUUCCCCUCGCUGAUCGCCGCCUGCUACAACAACAGUCAGAACAAGACGAUGCUGGAGCAGGAGAUGAGCUGUGUCUUGCUGGCCACCUUCAUUCAGGAGUUUGCCCAGACCUCGCAGCGCGGGGACAGCCAGGCCCAGCAGCCCAGAGGAAAAGCCCUCGGAGCCCCAGACUACCUCGAGCUCGCUAACCGAUUUCCCCAGCAGGCCUGGGAAGAAGCGCGGCAGUUUUUCUUGAAAAAAGAGAAAAAAUAAAUGUUUUGGUUGGCUCUGUAAAAAAAAGUACCUUUGUUAAUAUUUUAAAUUGUUUGAGCAAACAUCCCCGCAGCUCGUAAGCGGCUCGUUCCCCCGUGUUUACACUGUCCCCCUGCACUGUAGAUACAUACAUACUUUGCACUAUUUAUAAUGGCUGUAGAUACUUUAAUGUGCUACUUCCUACAUUUGCAAGUUGAGUUUAUUUCAUUGAUGCACAAUAUUCUGGGUCCUGAUAGCCCCCAUCCCGAGAUAAUAUAUACUUUGCAUUUGUAUUAUGGGUGGAAUUAGGCAUAAAAUUAGCAUGUCUG